ACCUCUCUCUCACCUACCUACCCACCCACCCUCCCACUCAUGCUUGCAUAAUCUUCAAUUGUAUAAAACCACCCUCUCAAUCCAUCAUUUAUUUGUCUCCAUUAUUGGCUCAGUGCAUCAAAGUUAGAAGCAAACCCACCCUUUUCAUCCAAUCCAAUUUUGUUGAUAAAUGGAAAGCCAUCCCCCAUCAUCAAAGGCUUCUGAAGUAGAUGCUCCCCUUCAAUCAAUUGGCUUUGAGAUUCAAGACUUGUCUCCACAAAGGGUAUCUGGCCAUCUAACUAUUACCCAAAAAUGCUGCCAGCCAUUCAAGGUGUUACAUGGAGGGGUAUCAGCAUUGGUGGCAGAGUCUCUGGCAAGCAUAGGAGCACACAUGGCUAGUGGAUACCAAAGAGUGGCUGGGAUUCAACUCAGCAUCAACCAUUUGAAGAGUGCUGUGCUUGGUGACUUGGUCUAUGCUGAAGGCACCCCUUUAAAUGUUGGCAAAACCAUUCAGGUAUGGGAAGUGAGAUUAUGGAAGCUUGAUCCUUCAAACAAACAAAAGAAAACUCUGAUAUCAUCAUCAAGGGUUACUCUACUGUGCAACAUGCCUGUCCCAGAUAAUGCAAAAGACGCUGGAGACAAACUCAGGAAGCAUGCAAGGCUAUGAAUGAAGUCGUUUAAUUUACAUAUGCAUUAGAAAAGGAUUGUUGGGUGGUAUAAAAAGCAACACUAAUGCUUCAAAAUGUACACAAUGGUCAUAAUUUGUUGCUUAAAUGGAAAGACAACUUCUUGUAAUUAUAAAUGGAUCGAGAUAAGAUAUAUACAUUGAAGAAGAAAAAGCCAACACCAGCCAAAUUCCAAUACAUUACAUAUGGCAUCUAUAUUUUGUUUUUCUUGUACAUAACCUAUACUUUGCUUAACUAGAUCCAUUAAGCUUUGAAUGA